AUUACAUAUCGAAUUGUUCCAAUAUUUUUCGAAAUAUAUCAAAAACCAGGCUGACAUAACCAAUUCGUGCACAUGAAAUUUAGUCUUAGAAUAAUUUGGAAUAUCAUGAAGAAUCGACAAGAAUUUCGUUCUAGUUUCAUACAAAUCUCGUUUUCAACAUUUCCGACCGUCUCAGCUCCAUGCGUUCAACAUCUCCGUUAAAUUAUCAGUAAUAUCUACUUCUUAUAAUGUCAUCUCCUUGUUUAAAUGCCGUGAAACCUAAAUAAACUGAACCACAUGAAUCUUCUAAUGAAUAUAGUCUUAUACCUUGUGCAGAUACAGUGAACAUGUUCCUUUCGACUAUCAUUCUGUUGUUUUUCCUCGAGACGACAUUUUCCCAAGAUUUUUCCUCGUUUGAAGACGUGAAAGCCUUGAGUGAGCUGCCUUUAGAGCGGCUUCUGGAAGUAAAACGAUCUUUUGAGAUAAACGAUGAAAAUUUAACGAACUGCGAUGGUCCAGAGAGCAGAAUAGAUUUUCCUGGACCAGUAGCUCUCAGACUGAAGAAUCCGAGCAGAGGUGGCUAUGAACAUGAACACGAACACGAACAUUACGAAUAUGAAGAACAUGAAACCAAAAAAGGGGGUAAAGAGAUGAAAAACUUCUUUCAACUGGCCAUUACAGCUCUGGCGUUUUUGGCGUUCGGUGGAUAUCUUCUAUGUCUCAUUGUGCAAGCAAUAAAGAGCAAACAUAUGGACCAGAUGACGCAGAUGGCCAAUAUGCAAAUGAUGGCAGCUAUAUUGAGGAGACAAAUUGCACGUAAAAGAACCCAAAGACCAAGGAAAACUAAACCGAUAAGAAAUACAAAAAAUAGCCGCAGGAAAAGACCCAAAAGGGAAGCUGGAAUUUGGCCAGACGCAGACCCUGAGAAAAUGUAUUUCGCAUUAGUAUCUUUGUCAGAAGCUUACACUAAUCAUCAUACUAUAGAUUACAAGAAUUAUAACCGAACAGCGAAGUAUUUCAAUUGAAAUAAAUUUGUG